AUGAUUUCGUCAAUAUCCACAUCAUGGAAGAGAGCUGCAGAGCAGAAUUGCUUAGCCCUCUUGGAACUCUGCAACAGCUUACCAAAACUGUCCCAAAUCCACACUCACAUCCUCAAAAUUGGACUCCACAGUAACCCUUUUGUCCUUACAAGAUUUGCUUCCAGAGCAUCUGACCUUAAUGCAAUACAGUAUGCCUCUGGUUUCCUAUUUGGCCCUGAUGCCCAAACCCAUCUCUACGAUACCUUCCUAUUCAAUACUGUCAUCAGGGCUUAUGCUCAAACCAGUCACUCAAAGAAGAAUGCAGUGUUUUAUUACAAAAUGAUGAUUAAAGAUUGCAUUUUGCCAAAUAAAUUUACCUAUCCUUUUGUUCUCAAGGCCUGUGCUGGGAUUGGGGAUUUGGGUUUAGGCCAGAGUGUUUACGCAUCAGUGUUGAAAUAUGGGUUUGGCGAUGAUAAGCAUGUUUUGAAUACCAUGGUUCACAUCAAGGGCAACGUUAAGAAGAGUGGCAUGAUAUAUAUGAAGCAAGAUUUGAAUAAUUUAUCAUCCUACGAGGGGAGCCAAUCAAAAUCCUCCCCAUGUUUUAGUUCAAUAUUCUCUGUGCCGGGACCCCUACAAGAGUUGCUUAUUGACAAAUACAGAAAACAAAUCUUUGGUUCUUCAUUUAAUAGUUGGUACGGAGUGGUGGAACAAUAA